AUCUGACGUUUGUGAAAAAGUGUUUAUUUUGAAUUGAUUUUGAAUUUUUAUCAAGUUCUGCCUGUUCAUUAUUUCAAUCGCUCGGUUAAUGAACCUAAGUGAUGUCUCAUAUACUUGCUCAUUCUCUUGAAGAAAAUGCCAGAACUAAGGACGUAACCAUAUCAGAGAAUGUCAAUUUCGAAUCUUUGUUGCUAUCUGAAGAUAUUUUCCAGGGGCUGUGCCAAACAGGAUUUAGAAAACCGUCUCCUAUACAGCUCAAAGCAAUACCUGUUGGAAGAUGUGGAUUUGAUCUUAUAGUGAAAUCAAAAUCUGGUACAGGAAAAACUCUGGUAUUUUCGAUUAUUGCCUUAGAAAAUAUAGAUAGACAUAAGCAAGCACUUCAAGCUCUGAUCCUUGCACCCACAAGAGAGAUUGCUGUUCAGAUUCAAGAUGUGAUUAAGAAAGUUGGAUCCAACAUUGAAGGCCUUAUAGUGGAAUCCUUCAUAGGUGGCCUAUCCUUUGAAGAUGACAAGAAGAAAUGCAAGCAAUGCCAAAUAGCUGUGGGCACUCCAGGUCGAAUAAAACAUCUCAUCUCUGAAGGAAUCCUCACAUGUGACUCUACUCGUCUGUUUGUCCUCGAUGAAACCGAUAAAUUAAUGGACGCUAGCUUUCGCAACGACAUAAACCAAAUUUACAAUGCCUUACCUGCCAAGAAGCAAAUCAUAACUACCAGCGCCACCUAUCCCAAUGAACUCCAGCAUUUCCUCGCUCAGUAUAUGCAGUCUCCCACGUAUGUCAAUGCAGAACUAGAAACACCUUUGCUGUUAGGGUUGAAGCAAUUCGUUUCUGUGUUGAAACCACACGCUAAUGUCGUUCAACAAAUGAAGUUGAAGAAUGAGGAACUCUUGAACAUACUCAGUAACAUAUCGUUCACACAGUGUCUCGUCUUUUCUAACUACCAGACCAGGGCAGAGAGUAUCAGUAACUACUUGAACCAAAAAGGGUGGACUUCAAUGUUCAUCUCCGCUGCCCAAAAUCAGAGUCAAAGACUGAAGGCGCUCAACAGCUUGAAGGACUUCAAGUGCCGCAUAAUGCUGUCGACAGACUUGACAGCUAGGGGUAUAGAUGCCGCCAAAGUCGAUCUGGUUAUCAACUAUGACAUUCCGGUUGAUGCAAUGACUUAUUUGCAUCGGAUGGGAAGAGCAGGGCGAUAUGGGGCACAGGGUGUUUGCUUGAAUUUGGCUUUUGGUGGACAGGAAUUGGAGAAGUUGAGGGGGAUUUUAGGGCAGAUUGGUGGAACUGCUUUGGGGAUUCCGAAGUUGCCUAAGUUCAAAGGUCACAUUUCUGAUUUGGUAAAAAUCAAUACUCCAUCUGAGGAACAGAUUUUCGGAAAGUUAGAUGAAUCUCAUAUUGAUUUGACAUUGGACAAAAAUAAAAUAUAUGAACUAACUAAAAAUAGUGCUGCAAAUGCUAAACUGGAACACAAUGAGAAUCAUGAUAUCUUGGAGAGCCAGAAGAUUAUGAGCACUUUGAAUGAUAACAAGACUGAUUCAGGCGAAGUUGAAAAACAAUCAUUUGAAAUGGAUACCAAAGUGGUUUCAGCCUCUAUGUCAAAUGACAAUAUUGUUGAAAAUAACGAAAGUGAUGUUAUGGGCAUUUUGAAUGAUAAGAGUGAAAUGGCAGAUAUAAAAAAUCUCAUUGCAGAUAUGAAUCCCCAAGCCAUAUUAGCCUCCUUGGCAAAUCAAAAUUUCAAUAUGAACACUGCAGCAAUUGAACAUUCAAAUGAAAAAAAUACAGAAAGUUCCCAUAUGGAUAAAUGUAAUAAAAAGGUUCAAAAUGAUUUACUAGAUAAGAGAUUCACCGUGAAUGAUACCUUGAUGGCUUUAUUAGGUCCUAAAAGAGGUGAAAACACUCCAAGUGAAAUGAAAACUGUAAAUAUUGUAUCAGAGGAAGAUAAAAGGCAACAAUUAUUCACCAAAAAUAAGGCAUUACUGGAUGUUGUAAGGCUAUUAGAUUCACCAAGUCAAUCAAAAACGAACGUGAAUGGAUCUUCAGUUGAACAAUAUCUAAAUAUUCUCAAGGAACAAGACAAAGAAAAGCUGAGUGAAAUGUCUGAAAAACCCAUUCCCGACAUUUUGAACUCCUUACAAAAUGAUGAACUUGAGAAAGAAAACGUUCCUGCAGAAGUGGAAAUCAUCAACUUGGAAAAUAUCUUCAAGUUAGGUUAUGAUUGUAUAGUCAAAUCAAAUAACACUAGCUGGAGACAAAUCUUGGAAACAGUAGAAGAGCAUCAAACUAGAUCCUCUAAGGAAGAUACCAUGGAUGAACUUGGAGAUGAUGAAUAUGAAAGUAUGGAAGAAUACCAAGAAUGUGAAGAAAUGGAAAUAAUGAAGUGGGUUCCAGUAAGCAAGACUCAUAAACCUCCUACAGCAAGCAAAAAUCUUCUGGAAGAAGCCUCAGAUGAUGGCGAAGUAGUUACCGCAGAAAAUAAAGAUGGUGAACUAACAAAAUGGCAGCCGGCUAGCUCUGCUACUAAAGAACUCCAACAAACUUGUUUAUCCGAGUCAGUUAGUGAGGAGAUCAACCGAUAUGACCAUUACAGCUCAUGUUUUGAAGAGUGCAAUCAACAGUUGUGGCAGAAUGGUUUGAGUUUCGAUAAUAUGAAUAGUUUUGAUGAGUGGUUUUAUUAUGAAUGGGAAGCACAGUUGUAUGCUAUGAGGAACUAUGUCCAGCAGAAUAUUUAUGUGCAAGAAAUGAGUAGGUAUCAGCAUUCAAAGACCAAUAAAUGAAGUUGAACUUCAAAUUUCAGACUGAAAUAUACUGAGGUGGGUAUGUAAAAUUGAGACAAGUAUUCUAGAUUG